CUACCUUGAUCACACCUACUCCACCCUCCCAUCGUACCUUCUGAAUCGUAACUACACAUUUCCACACACCGACCGGCAACAUGUCAGGCAUCAAAGGCCCCGGCGCCCCCAAGACGUACGAUGGCUCUGGGCUUCGCAUCGGCAUCGUCCACGCACGCUGGAACACCAAGAUUAUUGAUGCGCUGCUUGAGGGAACAAAGAGGAAGCUCAAGGAGGCCGGAGUCAAGGAUGAGAACAUAGUCACACAGAGCGUGCCUGGGAGCUACGAGCUACCCUACGCUGUUAAGCAAUUAUACUCGGCCUCGCAAAUCCAGUCCUCUUCCACAGGCGUCGUAGGCGCAGCAGCAGACCUCCUGGGCUCGGCCUCCGACCUCACAGCCCUCACCGGACAAGCCUCACAAUCCAAGACGUCCAACUCGCCCUUUGAUGCGAUAAUCGCCAUUGGUGUGCUGAUCAAAGGAGAGACGAUGCACUUUGAGUACAUUUCAGAGGCUGUGAGCCAUGGACUCAUGCGCUUGCAACUCGACAACAACGUACCUGUAAUCUUCGGGCUGCUGACGUUGUUGAGCGAUGAGCAAGGACUUAUGCGCGCAGGCAUUGGUGGUCAGGAUGGCAAGAGCGGACACAACCAUGGCGAGGAUUGGGGGAGUGCGGCGGUGGAGUUGGGAGUCAAGAGACGGGGGUGGGUUGAUGGCAAGUUCGUGGACUAGGAUGGCUUAUUGCGAAGACACGGGAUGUAAAUGUAUUCGGCCCAUUACUGAAAUGAGGUCUAGGAACGUGUAUAGUUGUCGCAGAAAGAAUUUAUGCUCAAAAAGCGAAUCACAGGGCUAUGGGCUUGGGCACCACGCACACUCUUUCUACAAUCCACCAGCGUUCAUGC